AUGAACCCCACUUCAACUACUCCAACAUCUACUGCUUCGUCAUCCACAACAACUGCAGCAUUAACUACCACAACCCAACCUACAAGCACCACUACUACCAUUCCCACAACUGCAAGCACAGCACCAUCUACUACUUCAUCAUCCACAACAACUGCAGCUUUAAUUACUACAACUCAACCCACAAGCACCACUACUACUGCCCCCACAACUGUAAGUACAGCAACACCUAUUGCUUCAUCAUCCACAACAACUGCAGCAUUAACUACCACAACCCAACCUACAAGCACCACUACUACCAUUCCCACAACUGCAAGCACAGCAACAUCUACUGCUUUAUCAUCCACAACUACAGCAGCUUUGACUACUGCAACUCAACCCACAAGCACCACUUCUGCUGUCCCAACAACUGCAAGCACAGCAACAUCUACUACUUCAGCAUCCACAACAACUGUGGGUGCUUUAACUACUACAGCUCAAACCACAAGCACCACUACUACCAUCCCCACAACUGCAAGCACAGCAACAUCUACUGUGUCAUCAUCCACAACAAUUGCAACAACUUUAACUACUACAAAUCAACCCACAAGCACCACUACUUCCACCCCCACAACUGCAAGCACAACAACAUCUACUGCUGCAUCAUCCACAAAAACUACAGCAGCUUCAGCUACUACAACUCCUACAAGCACAUUGACUACCGUCCCCAAAACUGCCAGCACAGCAACAUCUAUUACUUCAUCAUCCACAACUGCGGCAGCUUUAACUACUACAACUCAACCUACAAGCACCACUACUAUAGUACCCACAACUGCAAGCAUGUUAACAUCUACAGCAACGAUAACUAGCACACCAACAACCAGUCGCACAUCCACCAAUACCACAACAACGGCAAUUACUACCAGCACUACAACCACCACCUUAUCAACAACUACAGCCACAACAACAAUUUCCCCAUGUGCACAAGCAACUGUAACUAUUCAGUUGGUCCAAGUGACUAGCGACCAAAUCCAGGUCAUGCCUAUUGGUCAGAAUGGACCCUCAGGAGCUCAGUUCAAUGUGACACUGUCACUGAGCAACUCUGUUGUAGCCAUGAAUACAACUUCUGGUUCAGUGGUCACGUUUUCCGGUCUAUUCCCUGCCAGUCAGUACAACAUCACCGUAAAGCAACUGUCUUGUCCGAACAGAGCAGACACUACAAGCAGUGUUACUACAGAUGGAAAAUUAUUUUCAGCAGAAAUCCAGAUACAAAAUGUUCCCUAUACUGCUGCCCUCAGUGAUAAAACCAGCCAAGCAUACAAAAACCUUGAAGCUAACUUGAUGGCAGAGAUAAUAAAUAACCUACCGUCUGACAUCAAGGCCUUGUAUAAGUCUGGGAGACUGCUCAUUGACAUAACCGGUUUUAAAAAUGGAAGCCUCCUCCUCGUCGACUUUAACAUAGCCACAAACACGGCUGAUAAUCUGACAGUGAGCAACGUGCAACAGGCAUUCACCAGCGCGCUCACCAACAGCACCACUUACGCCAUGGCGUCUUACAAGUUUUCAGCUAAGACCGUCCCUAUCACCCAGCUGUGUCCUGAUUAUAUAUAA